UAGUUGGCAUCACUAAAACUAGACUGACGAGUGACGAUUGACGAAUAAGGAAUUUGUUUUCCUCAAUACCUGAUCAGUGGUUUCUGCAGGAUAGUAAUAUUUUAGUUAAAUUUUAUUUUCAAAGCAGUAUCCAGACAACUACUAUGAGUUUACAUAAGGCUAGAAUUAAAGUUUUUGAAGAUGUCCUCAGUACUGAUGAGAUUGACAUUAACUUACUUCAAUCAUUGGCAUUUGAUGGUAUUACAGAAGAAAAAGGCCUUCGUUCUUUGAUAUGGAAGAUUUUUCUUCACUACAUUCCAAAACAGAGAAACAAAUGGGAAGCUACACUUAAAAAACAAAGAUCUCUGUAUAAGGAGUUUAUCGAGGAAAUGAUAGUAUCUCCAGGUGGUCCAACUGAUCAUCCUUUAAGUAUAAGUCCUGAAAGCUCUUGGAGUAAAUAUUUCAAAGAUAAUGAAGUUCUUUUACAAAUUGAUAAAGAUGUCCGAAGAUUAUGUCCAGAGAUAUCCUUUUUUCAAUCCCCUACUGACUUUCCCUGCUCAGAAGUAGUAAAUAGCAAUGGAUUGAAACGUUUACAUCAACGAGUGGAGCAAAAAGUAUUGAACUAUUCAACACUAGAACAAAGAGGAUUUGGAUUAGUCAAGCUCAACAAUGUUAUUCGUCGUACGGAGAAUCUUAGUGGUGACUACGUUCCAUUGAAGGAGGGGGCUGAAGCUCACUGGGAAGUGGUGGAGAGAAUGCUCUUCCUUUAUGCAAAACUGAACCCUGGCCAGGGCUACGUCCAAGGCAUGAAUGAAAUCAUCGGACCAAUAUAUCAUACCUUUGCUGUCGACCCUGUUUUGGAACAAAGAAAGAACGCGGAAGCCGACUGUUUCUUCUGUUUUACUAACCUGAUGGCUGAGAUACGAGAUUUCUUCAUUCGUUCACUUGACGAGACCGAGAGUGGUAUUAACAAUAUGAUGUUUCGUUUGAGUGAACGAUUAAAAAUUAAUGAUUACGAAGUCUGGGAAAGACUUUCGAAGCAGGAGUUGCGACCUCAGUACUACAGUUUUAGAUGGCUGACACUUCUGCUGUCUCAAGAGUUUUCUCUCCCCGAUGUGGAACGUAUAUGGGAUUCCUUAUUUGCGGACAGCACCAGAUUCGAUUUCCUGAUUAGCGUCUGCUGCGCCAUGAUUCUGUUAGUAAGGGACGACAUAAUGACCGGAGAUUUUGCGUCUAACGUGAAGUUACUGCAGCAUUUUCCGCCCAUGGAUGUAUCUCUAAUUGUUACUAAAGCGAGAACAAUACGUUCGUAGAACACGAAUAUAGUCCGAAUAUUUUUUUAAUAUUUCAAUUUUUCCGAUUAUUUUGAUUCUUACAUAUUAUAUACUAUUACAUUGCCCUAUGAUAGUAUCUAAAACUUAAACGUGUUCCCCAUUUUUGAAAUAAUUUUAUGGAAAUUUGGCCUCAAUAAUUAUUACAAAACACUUUGCUGUGUAUAUUUAUAAAUUUACAUAUUUAAUUUUGCUGAGUUCAUAGUACAUAUCGAUGUUCUUUUUGAAAGAUCAUUAAUUACAGUAAUUUCCAAUAGUUUUAAGGAAUAGUAUAUAAAAAGGCCUAGUGCCGGUUUCAAUUAAAACUCAAUAAUAAAUUAUAAGGUGAACUGUUCAGAAAUCGACUGAUAAUAUUUUUUACUUCAAUAUUCCUUAGUACGUAAUUAGAUGUAAUUUUUUUUAUUGUAAGUACAAACGUAUGUAUCAUCCGAAUCUCUCCUGGAUUACUUUGAUUCAACAUUACAAACAGGUAUAGAUUUAAAUAAAUGCCAUACACAUUAUAUAUUGUAAAUAUUAAAUGUAAUUGUUAUUAUCAUAUCAUUAAUAAACUUUGUCAAACUCGUAGAAGCAAUACGAUAAAUAUCAUUCGCUGUAGUAUUGUCAUUUUAGUUAAAUCCGCUGUUGCGUAUUUUAAUAUUUUUUAAAAUUACAUGUCAAAGACUACUUAUGUUUACAUUAUUGUUUAAAUAAUAACUAAUGUGAGAAUGUAUCGAAUUUAAAGCCCCUUUUAGAAACAUUUAUUAAAGGCAUUUCGGCGAAUCUAACAAAUGUUUGAUUCAAUUAGUUCCUUUGGCCUAGCUUGCUGUAAAGCGAAUAUCAUGAAUUUAAAUGUAAUUAUGUUGACAAUAACAAUGGCAAAUAAUAUUUUAAUUAUACUUCUAAGUUAACAUUGUUAAGUUUAAUUUCUCUAUUUGAUAAAUGUAAAUUUCCCGUUUUGGAACUUAGUGACUAUCAUUUAUAAAUGUAAAAUAACAUGUAAGCUUAUAGCAGAAUAACAUGUAAGAAAAUAGCCAAGGUAUAUUAACUUCAAAUAAAAUAAUUCAUACUCUU